GCGAAACUUUAUACAUGGGGGGUGUGGUCACACCGUCAACUCUACAAAUUCAAAGCUUAGGAGUUUACACGAUACACGGAGACUAUCACAAUUCGAGACCAGUAUAUAUUCACGAAUCAGGCAAAUAUUAUCUGUACUAUCAAAUAAAUGGAUUUUGGGCGGUAAACAAUAUUAUUGGUUCGUUUAAUGUCAUUAUUAAGAUACAUUCAUCAUCCCUUCUACCUCAGGAUACAACUGGGCCAGUAUAUGCAGCGGGUGGUUUGAUGGAUAACAUCACCAUUUCCAGCUAUACAAAUACA